AUGAUUCACAUUAUUGGCAUGGAAAUAAUUCAAAUUCAUAUGAUUUUUAUGGUUCAACAUUCAUCUCAUACACUUUUACAACAAAAUGGUUUUAUUCAACAAGUUUAUCUUAAAUAUAAACAAGAAUGUCUUGAUGAAAAACAUUUUCGUCAACAUGUAUUUGAAGAUUUUCAACAAGAAACUCUUUGUAAUCAUGAAGCUGGUCAAUUAUAUGGUUUAGAAAAAUUCUGGACAUUUUUAAAAUAUUCUCGAGAAAAACCAAACAUCAAUUCAAAACUUGAAGAAAUUUUAAAAAACUAUAGAAAUCUUGAAGAUUUUCGUGUUGAUCGUGCAUCAUUUCCACAACAAUUUUUUCCAACAAAAUCAAAUUAUACAUUCGAAGCAAUUGCUGCUGCAGUAGCAAAGAACAGUGAUACAUCAAAUUCAUUAAAACCCAAUGAAGAAUUUGGUGUUUUAGGAAGAAUUGAUAUUGGUUUAGGUAUUGGUGGUGGUGUGAUUAAUUCUAUGCUUUAUAAUGUUGAUGAUGGUCAUCAAGAUGCUAUUUUUGAUCAUUUUCAAAGUGUUAAACUAGAUGUUAUUGAAGAAGGAACUCAUUUUAUGAUUUCAUGGCUUCAUAGACCAAUUAUAUUUGAUAUUCGUACACGACCACGAUCUGUUCCAUCAAUAACAGAAAUAAAAGAUAUAAAAGCUAGAAGAGAACAGUCAACUUCAGGAGAGAGUUUUAAAAUCUGUUGUACUAAGUCUCAAUUUGAUGCUAUUGAAUUGAUUACACAACGCACACUUAUUUCGCAACGUAAUAGUGAAUUAUUAACAGAACGUGCUGCUCAAUUUGGUUUAUUACUUGAUGAUAUUUCAAUUAUAAGAUACGAUAAAAAAGAGUCUCGAACUGAACAAAGUCGUCAAGAAAAUGUUAUUGCAGCAGAAGGUGAUACUCGUGCAGCUGAUUUGAUUGGCAACGUUUUAGAUGAAGCUGGUGAUGAUUUGAUCGAACUUCGACGAAUUGAAGCCACUGAAGAUAUUGCAAAUCAAUUAUCAAAAUCAAGAAAUAGCGUCUAUUUACCACAUGGUCCUCAAAUAUUACUUAACAUUACUGGUGCUAUGCAAUAA